AUGGAUGAGCACCAGAAGAAACUCAAUCAGCGGCAUGAGGGAAGGCCCCGCAAAGUGAGGUUCAAAAUAUCGUCAUCUUACAGUGGUCGAGUGUUAAAACAAGUCUACGAGGAUGGGCAGGAGCUGGAGCCCCCAGCCAAAGAGCACUCCCGGCGCUUCCUCCGCCACAGCUUCGAGCCGGGGAGCCCUUUCUGCGGGGCCGGGGAGAUGCCCCAGAACAGGUUGUACCCACCAGCCAAGCUGACUGCCCAGCGCAUCAGCAUAUUCAAAGAGGACAAGAAAUAUGGUCUCACCAGCAACUCUCCCCUCCUCGGGGACUGCCAGCCCAGCGACAGCCACUGCAGGGCUUCUCCAAUUCUCGAUUUUGGCAAGAUCAUCAUCUACACUAACAAUCUGAAAAUCAUCCGUGCGCCCAUGGACCAGAAAGAGCUGAUGAGAAGAGUCAUCCAGACUGAGGGGAUAAACGACUGGGCCUUCUUAUACCGGGAAAGGAAAGAAAGGUUCGGUGGUGGACAUAAAAAAGACAUGGAAAAAAAGGUUGCCUGCAACCAGUAUGUGCAGGAGGGAGAUGCUGAACGUGGCUGUUCCCAGUGCAAAGGCUCAGGCUCCGCUCCUUGCUCGCUGUGCCACGGAAGCAAGUUUUCCAUGCUGGCAAACAGAUUCCGAGAGUCCUACCGGGCUCUCCGGUGCCCGGCUUGCAACGAGAGCGGCCUCCAGCCCUGCCGGAUCUGCGCUGCCUGA